AUGCCACACCCGUCACUAAAAGAUAACAGGGCGCUGCCCCUCCUCGACGCAGCCGUGGCAGGCAAAUAUGCUGUCCCAGGCAUGUGUUGCUAUAACCUCGAAGGUGUUCUGGCCACUGUUCGCGCCGCUGAGGCCAAAAGGUCUCCGGCCAUGGUUCUUCUCUUUCCCUGGGCCAUCGAGUACGCCGACGGGUUGCUCGUGCAGGCUGCCGCAACAGCAUGCCGCAAUGCCUCAGUUCCCGUAACUCUCCACAUGGAUCAUGCCCAGAGCCCUGAAAUCAUCAAACGAGCUGCCGACAUGUCUCCUACCUUCGAUAGCAUCAUGGUGGAUAUGUCCCACUAUGAAAAGGCAGGAAACCUAGCUCUUACCCGAGAAUUGGUGGAAUACUGCAAUGCUCGGGGAAUCGCCACGGAGGCAGAACCAGGCCGUAUCGAAGGUGGAGAGGACGGUGUUGCUGAUACGGCUGAUCUAGAGGGCCUACUGACUACGCCGGAAGAGAGCCAAGAAUUCGUUGAUACAGGAAUUGAUUGGCUGGCUCCUGCAUUUGGAAAUGUGCAUGGGGAGUAUGGUCCACGAGGCAUACAGUUGGAAUACGGCCGACUCCAGAGUAUCAAUGAGGCAGUGGGAAAGAAGACGAAGAUGGUUCUCCACGGUGCUGAUCCGAUGACGAAGGAGAUUUUCGAGAAGUGCAUUGAGUGUGGUGUGUCGAAAGUGAAUAUUAAUAAGGUCAUGAACAACGAGUAUAUGAAGGUGCAGAAGGAGUUUGCUGGCCGUGUACCAAUCACUAAGUUGCAUGAAUUGGCGACUGAUGCUAUGCAAAGAGCUGUCGAGAGAUCCAUGGAUCUCCUGGGUUCGACGGGGAAGGCUGUCUAA